AAUAAGGGUUUCCAGCUCACAGCUAGCCCUUGCCCAUAUUGCUGUCAUAAAAAAUCCGGAUCCUUCCAACUAUGUUCUUCUUCAUAUACUCCAUCCGUUCAUUUUACUUGUCAUAUUUUGCUUCUCGAGAGUCAAACUGCGUGAACUUAGAUCAACAUUUUAAGAUAUUUUUUUUUCAUCAUAUUAAUAAAGAAGGAUUGCAACUUAGCUUAUAACAUUUUUUUUGUAGAGUUUUGAACAACUAAAUUUUAAAUUUUAAAUAUAAAAUUAAUCUAUUUCAAUUUAGCUUUAAAGUUUAGUCAAAUUGACUUUCGUAAAGCCAAAUGUGACAAGUAAAAUGAACGGAGGGAGUAUAAUACACCUAUAAAAGGCUCCUUUAGCCAAACCAAUAACAUCAUUAUCCACACUUUUUAUUUACCAAUUUCAGCUUCCAAAAUGGCUUCUAAAUUUUCAUCAGCGUUGCUUCUUAUUUCAAUACUAAUGAAUAUCCAAUUACUAGCCUCAGCUGGUAAUUUCUAUAGAGAUGUAGACAUUACUUGGGGUGAAGGACGCGGUAAAAUACAAGAAGGCGGCAGAGGCCUCGCCCUGUCUCUUGAUAAACUUUCUGGCUCCGGCUUUCAGUCCAAAAAUGAGUUUCUUUUCGGAAGGUUCGAUAUGCAACUUAAGCUUGUCCCCGGAAACUCUGCUGGCACUGUCACCACUUUCUUCUUAUCUUCACAAGGAACAGGACAUGAUGAGAUUGAUUUCGAGUUCUUGGGCAAUGUCUCUGGCCAGCCUUACACGGUCCAUACAAAUGUUUAUACACAAGGAAAAGGAAACAAAGAACAACAAUUCCACCUUUGGUUCGACCCAACUGCUGCAUUUCACACUUACUCCAUUGUCUGGAACCCUCACCGCAUAGUGUUCUUAGUAGAUAACAGCCCCAUCAGAGUAUUCAACAACCAUGAAAGCAUUGGAGUUCCAUUCCCAAAGAGCCAAGCAAUGAAAGUAUAUUGCAGCUUAUGGAAUGCAGAUGAAUGGGCUACACAAGGAGGCAGAGUGAAAACAGAUUGGUCAGUUGCUCCUUUCACUGCCUAUUACAGAAACAUCAAUAUCGAUGGUUGUGCUGUGUCAUCAGGCACCUCUUCGUGUAAGUCCACCGGCUCAGCAAACAAUGUGAAGCCAUGGCAGACCCAUGAACUUGAUGGUGAGGGAAGGAAUAGGCUCCGAUGGGUGCAGAGUAGACACAUGGUUUACAAUUACUGUGCUGAUUCUAAGAGGUUUCCUCAAGGUUUUUCUGAAGAGUGCAAGCGUUCAAGGUUUUAGGAGAUGAGAUCAUUUAAUCAACUACUCAAGGUUGGAUGCAUAAGAUGAGUGUGAAAUUCCUUAUUCGUUGUACCAAUAAAGUUUUGCUGGUUUUAUCUAUGUAAUUGAAUGUGUAUGGGAACUUCCUUUUGUUAAUAAAAUGUUAUAUGAUAAUGCUGAUCUA